UUUUCAAGAUUUUUCUGAAUCUUACUUCUGAAUUACCACUAUUUUCAAAUUUCUGAGAUGAAACAAUAUCAUUGGACCUCAUUAAGAAGACAAGCCAUAAUAUGGAAACCAUGUCGUUUAAUGACAGCCAUGUUAUGGUUAUUGCUUUUCGUUAUCCAAGUAUUAAUUAUUGGUGUUUUCAUUUACCAAUGGAGCUUUGAAAACUGUGUCCAGUUGUGGAAAUAUCAGGAAGUCAACAAACAAAUGGAGAAUUGUUUAACAAGGGAUACAUCAGAGAUGGCACUAAGACCAAAAUGUCCUGUAAUUUCACCAUACCUAAUUGGUUAUAGAAAACCUGUUAUCAACGAUGAAAUUCACUUAGAGGAUACUUUACAGAAAUACAGAUACGUUAAGUGUGGGGGGCAAUUUCGUCUUGCAAACUGCGAAGCACGCCAGAAGGUGGCGCUACUUGUUCCUUUCAGGGACAGACAAGAACACCUGACAAUAUUUAUAAACCAUAUGCAUCCAUUCCUGAUGAGACAGCAACUGGAAUAUAAAAUCUAUAUCAUUGAUUUGGAUGAAGAAAUUAUGUUUAACAGAGGUGUUCUGUUAAAUGUUGGGUUCCUGGAGGCCAGCAAGGAGGCAGACUUUGACUGUUACUUUUUACACGACGUCGAUCUCCUCCCAGAACACGAUCACAACCUUUAUCGAUGUUCUGAACUGCCGCGACAUAUGUCUGUUGCCAUGGACAAAUUCAACUACCGACUGCCAUACCUUACAUAUUUUGGUGGGGUGUCCGCCAUGACAAAGGACCAAAUUUUAUUUGUCAAUGGGUUUUCCAACAAAUUUAGCGGCUGGGGAGGGGAAGACGAUGACUUAUAUAAUAGGUUAAUAUAG